GGGUUGGCUGAGAGGUCGUGUGUGGCGGUGAGCAGCUGAGGUCGGCUGUGAUCUGGGUCUUCUCUUCUGGCUGAGAGCAUGUACAGGAGGAAUGGACUCCCUGCCAGCGUCAGCAUCACCUCCCGCCACACACAGGACAGCAGUAGUUCAGAGUCCCUGGAUGGACGGAGUUUGGACUCUGCCAAGAGCUUUGACGCGGUGGUGUUUGACAUGCUCAAAGUGACACCCGAGGAGUUUGCUAGUCAGAUCACUUUGAUGGACGCUCCUGUAUUCAAAGUGAUACAGCCCGAGGAGCUGGCAAGCUGUGGAUGGAACAAGAAGGAGAAGCAUAGCCUGUCACCCAACGUUGUGGCCUUCACACGGAGAUUUAACCAGGUCAGUUUCUGGGCAGUGAGGGAGAUAUUGACGGCUCAAACAUUGAAAAUCCGAGCAGAAAUAUUGGGCCACUUCAUCAAAAUUGCCAAGAAACUCCUGGAGCUGAAUAACCUGCACUCUCUGGUGUCGGUGGUCUCUGCUCUUCAAAGCGCACCUAUCUUCAGAUUGAGCAAGACCUGGGCACUGAUCAGUCGAAAGGACAAGGCCACCUUUGAGAAGCUCGACUUCCUGACGUCAAAAGAAGAGAAUUACAACCGCAUGAGAGAGUACACCAGGUCCCUCAAAAUGGCCCCCUGCAUCCCCUACCUAGGAAUUUACCUGUUUGACAUGACUUACAUUGACUCCGCCUACCCUGCUUCUGACAGCAUCAUCGAGACUGAGCAAAGAACCAAUCAGAUGAACAAUCUACUUCGCAUCAUCUCCGAUCUACAGGUGUCCUGUAACUAUGAUCAUUUAGUCAUGUUACCACACGUGCAGAAGUAUUUGAUGUCAGUGCGCUACAUCGAGGAGCUCCAAAAGUUUGUGGAGGAUGACAAUUACACACUAUCAUUGAAGAUUGAGCCUGGGAACAGCUCACCUCGGCUGGUAUCCUCCAAAGAAGACAUUGGAGGACCCUCAGAAGAGUCUGUCUCAGUGCGGUAUAACAGACGACCAACCUGUCCUGAUACAUCAGUGGUUGCCCACCUUCCAACACCCUCUCUUGCCCGACACAGGAAGAGCCACAGUCUGGGGAACAAUAUGAUGUGCCAGUAUGGUGUGGUGGAGAGUAAAAGUGGGACAUUCCCUGCAAAAGAAAAAGCUCGACACCUACUGGACGACAGCUUCUUAGAGUCUCACAGCCCUGUCAGAAACCACACACACGAUUCAGUAUUUACCAACGGCAUCACAGUUGGUAGUAGAGAGAGCUCUUUUAGUGAUGAAUUAUCAAGUACAGUUGAGAGAGGACGUAUGUAUGCCACACUUGGUCCAAACUGGCGAGUCCCAGUCUGUAACUCUCCCAGAAGUAGAAGUUAUAUUUAUAGCACCACAGGGGCAGUUUCCAGCUAUGAAUGCAGUUCUCUGAGCAGUAUAACCAUUGAAGGACCCCUGCGAAGAAAAACACUGCUGAAGGAGGGGAAAAAACCCACUCUCUCAUCCUGGAAGCGCUACUGGAUUGUCCUGUCUGGCUCCAUUCUCAUCUAUUUUGGUUCUAAAGCUCUAAGAGCAAAUGAGCGAAGACAUUAUAAAUCCAGGCCAUGUAAAAAGAUCACGCUCACAGGUUGGAUGGUGGUUCUUCCAGAAAACCCUGAACAUCCAAACAUUUUCCAGCUCACUGAUCCUGAAAGAGGUAAUGUUUACAAGUUCCAGACUGGAUCACGUUUCUCUGCCAUUAUCUGGCACAGACAUUUAGCCGAGGCGUGCAGGAGUACAAGACCACAGAUACCAGCGAACCUCAUGUCCUUUGAAUAGCUGCUUUUUGGGAAUUGGCAUACAGAUGAAGGCAAUACACUUAAUGGAGAACGACAUUGCAGAAGAGUUUAUGCGAGGAGCCAGCAUGUUGGACCUAACAUAGUGUCAUAAAUGUGGCAGCUC